GCGACCAAGAGCAGACAAGCGAAGCCGAGGCCGACCUCCAACGAGAUGGACCGAUGACUUGAAAAGAAUCCACACCAACUGGAUGGAAGCCGCACAGAAUAGAGAAAGAUGGAAAUGCCUUGGGGAGGCCUAUGUCCAGCAGUGGACGGUUUAGGGCUGAAUGAUGAUGAUGAUGAUGAUGAAUGUUUCAAGAUCUCAUAAUUACUUGCAAGAUGAAAAUGAUAAUUACGAAAAUGAACCUUCUUUGUUUGUUCUCAAUAAUGCUAUCAGUCAAAACAAUGCAUACUCACUAGAAGUAAAACUUGGUUCUUGUAAUAUUCUAUUUCUAGUUGAUACUGGAGCGAGUAUCUCUUGCAUUUCUGAAAAUUUGUAUUUAGAGAAAUUUAGAAUGUACAAAUUGAAACAGACUGAUCGAUGUCUCACUUUUUAUAAUGGAAUCAAGGUAGAGCCUUUAGGUAUUUUGAAUACUAAUGUUGAAUUUAAAAGAAUUGUAACUAAUAUGAAUUUUUAUGUCUUUAAAAACGGUGGCCCACCAAUAUUGGGUAGAGAUUUCUUGAAUAUAUACAAUAUUGGCUUUUCAAAUUUGAAUUUCAUGAAUGAAAGAAUUAAUAUUAAAACAAAUGCUCUGAUGAAUCAAUUCUCGAAUCUCUUUUCUGAAGGAGUAGGAUUAUUCAAUAAGUCAAGCUUAAGUUUAAAGUUAAAAAAUACCAAUGUUACUCCUAAAUUUCAUAAGGCCCGUCCUAUUCCAUAUGCUUUAAAAUCGCCAGUUGAAGCUGAAAUUAAUCGCCUUCUUUCACUAGGUAUCAUCUCACCGGUAGACUAUAGUCAGUGGGGCACUCCGGAAGUACCAGUGUUGAAGAAAAAUGGUGCAGUCAGACUUUGUGGAGAUUACAAGGUGACAAUAAACCCCCACAUUGAAAUAGAUCAACAUCCAUUACCAAGAAUUGAAGAUCUGUUUGGUUGUCUACAGGGAGGAGUUCAAUUUUCCAAAUUAGACUUAUCAGACGCGUAUCAACAAGUAGGUUUGAAUGAUGAUUCAAAAAAGCUCACCACUAUUGUAACUCAUAAAGGUUUAUUUAUAUACAAUAGACUUACUUACGGAAUUGCUUCAGCGCCCUCUAAAUUUCAGAAAUUGAUGGAAUCACUGUUGAGCGGAAUUGAUGGCGUGACAGUAUUUUUAGACGAUAUUCUUAUUACGGGAAAAGACGAAAAAGAACAUUUUAAUAGACUUAAAUUAGUUUUGUCAAUUUUAGAAAAUUCCGGUCUCAAGUUGAGCAUCUCUAAAUGUAAAUUUUUCCAAGAUUCAAUUGAAUAUUUGGGAUAUAAAAUUGAUAGGGAAGGUCUUCACACAAGUGAGAAUAAAGUUGCGGCAAUUUUGAAGGUCCAGAAACCAAAUAACAUAACUGAAUUAAAAUCAUUUCUAGGUAUGGUAAAUAAUUAUGGAAAAUUUAUCCGAAAUAUUUCUUCGAUUUUAUGUCCAUUACAUCGUUUGUUGAGAAAGGAUGUAAAGUGGUUUUGGUCGAAAGAUUGUGACCAAGCUUUUGACAGAAUCAAGUUAUUGCUUAGUUCAACAGAAGUUUUGGUACAUUUCAAUCCUGAGUUAGAUAUUAGAUUAACAGUAGACGCUAGUUCACGCGGAUUAGGGGCUAUUUUAAGCCAUCAAUACCCAUCAGGAAUUGAAAAACCAAUUGCUUAUGCUUCAAGGUCACUUUCAAAAAGCGAAAAAAAUUAUAGUCAGAUAGAAAGAGAAGGUUUAGCUAUUAUUUUCGGCGUACAUAAGUUUCAUCAAUAUCUUUAUGCAAAAAAAUUUAAGUUGAUUACAGAUAAUAAACCUCUGAUGACGAUUUUCGGACAAAACAAGCCAAUCCCUCAAUUUUCUGCUAAUAGGUUGAGGCGUUGGGCUGUGAUUCUAUCGAAUUACCAAUACGAAGUCGAAUACGUCAAAUCGGAGAAUAAUACGGCGGACGCAUUAUCUAGAUUAUCCGAAUCCGAUAGUUUGAGUAACAACGAUGAUGUCGAAUUCCCAUAUUGUAAUUUUUUAACAAAUAGUGAAGAAAUGCCAAUCAACUUAGAUGUAGUUGAAAGGGAAACUGCCGAUGAUAAAGGGUUGAGUCAGGUCAUUGAAUUUAUGAAGAUAGGGUGGCCAAAGUACAUUAGUAACGAUAUGAUCAAACCAUAUUUUUCCAGACGUUCAGAAUUUGCAGUGUCUAAUAAAUGUUUAUUCUGGAAUCAUCGCAUAGUUGUUCCAGUAAAGUUACGACAUGUUUUUCUCAAAACAUUGCAUAUGACGCAUUUUGGUAUUGUUAAAUCGAAAAAUAUUGCAAGGGCACAUUUUUGGUGGCCAAAUCUUGAUAAGGAUAUAGAAAAUUAUGUUAAGCGGUGCGAAAGUUGCAGAAAGAAUUUAUUUAAUCCCGCUAAGGUUCCUUUGGCAACCUGGUCGUGGCCAGGUGAAGUUUGGGAAAGGUUACAUAUUGAUUAUUUUGGACCUUUCUCCAAGAAGUAUUAUCUGAUCAUAUUAGAUGCGCAUUCGAAAUGGGUCGAAUAUUUUGAAACUUCAACGACAAGUUCGGAAGCGACGAUUAAGAUGCUUAGGAGUUGUUUUGCCAGAUUCGGUUUACCAAAAACGGUAGUAUCAGACAACGCUACUUAUUUCACAUCUGAACAGUUCGAAUUUUUUUUGAAAAAGAAUAAUAUUAAGCAUGUUUUGAUCCCACCAUAUCAUCCAGAAUCUAAUGGUGCAGCUGAAAAUUGUGUAAAAACAGUUAAAAAUGGUAUCAAAAAGGCUAUGAGCGAAAAAACCUCUGUAGACACCAAUACAGUUCUUUCUAGGUUUCUUUUUGACUAUCGAACUACUGAACAUUGCACUACCGGAGUAAGCCCUGCUCAAAUUAUGUUCGGUAGAAACUUGAGAACAAGAUUCAAUGCUCUGUUGUAUAAACCAUCUAAAGAAUUAGCUAAUAAGGUACAUUGUAAACAGCUAGAUCAAAAGAAAUAUUAUAAAGGAAAAAAUUCUAUCGAUUACCAAGUAAAUGAUUUAGUUUUGGUAAAAGAUUAUCGAGACGUUAAUAAAACAAAUUGGAUUAAAGGUAAAAUUAGGAAAAAAAUUGGAAGAGUAACAUUUCUAGUCCAUAUUUUAGAGUUAGACAGAUGUUGGAAACGUCAUGCUAAUCAAUUGAGAAAAACUUCAGAGAAUAUUGUUUACCCAUCAGAGAGAAUUGUUAGUAAUUUUGAACAAGAAACAAAAAAUAAAAAUGUAUUUGAAGGUAAUGAAAAUGUAUUUAAGGGUAAUGAAAAUGUAUUUGAAAGUAAUGAAAAUGUAUUUAAAAGUAAUGAAAAUGUAAUAUUAGAUAAGACUGAUAGACCUAAGAGAGUAAGAAAGCCUCCGGAGAGAUUCCAGGCUGAAUAAUUUUAAUGGAUAUAUGUUUUUUGGAUGUUUUGCUGUGAUGAAUUUUGAUGUGAUAUGUUAAAUUUUCAUUGAUCAAUUUGUGAUAUUCUUUUGAGUGCUUAUAACUAAAAUAAGUUAAAUUUACUUAUGUUGUUUUCUGAUAUUUUUGAAAAUUCAUAUAAUUCAGAUUUUCUCGUAGGGGGGAAGAAUGUAAUAUAUUCGUUAUAAAGAUUAAUAUUGUCAUGCGCAAAACCCCCCACUUAAUCUUGUUGUAUCCAACUGUUCUCCGUUGCAAAAUCAGACCAGUUGUAUUGUAGCACAUGAAGAAUAAAGCAUACGUCGUAUUCGUUUCUUUUAAUUAUUGCUAUUAUUCCAAUACACCACAGAUAC